CGUGGCUACCCCACUCAGGUUCCACGUCACUCCAUGGCUUGAGGCUCCGUCUCGGAUGCGGAUACAGACAGCGAACAGCCAGAAACCUGUGGAAGGAAAUUGCAUUAAUCAUCUGUGACUGGUGUCUGCUGAAGGGACAAGAAUCUGUCCAGCACCAUGACCGCUGCAGAGAAUGUGUGUUACACCCUGAUCAACGUCCCGAGCGACUCGGAGCCUCCAUCAGAAGUCAGCCUUAAAGCUGAUUUAGAAAAGGGAGAGAUAAAAGCCAAGACGGAGGCGUUGAAGAAAGUCAUCAUCAUGAUCCUGAAUGGUGAGAAGCUGCCUGGUCUGCUGAUGACCAUCAUCCGCUUUGUGCUUCCUCUUCAGGACCAUACCAUCAAAAAACUGCUGCUGGUGUUCUGGGAGAUUGUUCCCAAAACCACACCUGAUGGAAAACUGCUUCAGGAAAUGAUCCUGGUCUGUGAUGCCUACAGGAAGGACCUUCAGCACCCUAAUGAGUUUAUCCGUGGCUCCACGCUGCGCUUCCUGUGUAAGCUGAAGGAGGCGGAGCUUUUGGAGCCACUGAUGCCAGCCAUCCGUGCUUGUCUGGAACAUCGCCACAGCUAUGUACGCCGCAAUGCCGUCCUUGCCAUCUACACCAUCUACAGGAAUUUUGAACAUUUAAUCCCUGAUGCCCCAGAACUGAUCCACGACUUCCUCGUAAACGAAAAAGAUGCGAGCUGUAAAAGAAAUGCGUUCAUGAUGCUCAUUCAUGCUGAUCAGGACAGAGCUCUGGAUUAUCUCAGCACGUGUAUUGAUCAGGUUCACACGUUUGGAGACAUUCUGCAGCUGGUGAUUGUUGAACUGAUCUACAAGGUGUGCCAUGCUAACCCAUCAGAGCGAGCUCGCUUCAUCCGCUGCAUCUACAACCUGCUGCAGUCGUCCAGUCCAGCUGUGAAAUAUGAAGCUGCUGGAACUCUGGUUACUCUGUCCAGUGCACCGACUGCCAUCAAGGCUGCGGCUCAGUGUUAUAUUGACCUGAUCAUUAAGGAGAGUGAUAACAACGUGAAGCUGAUUGUCCUGGACCGCCUCAUUGAGCUGAAGGAACAUCCCACUCACGAGCGUGUGCUGCAGGACCUGGUGAUGGACAUCCUGAGGGUUCUGACCACUCCUGACCUGGAGGUGCGCAAGAAGACGCUACAGCUGGCGCUGGACCUGGUGUCCUCUCGUAAUGUGGAGGAAUUGGUCAUUGUGCUGAAGAAGGAAGUGAUAAAGACCAACAAUGUGACUGAACACGAGGACACUGAUAAAUACCGCCAGCUGUUGGUGAGAACUCUCCACUCCUGCAGUGUUCGCUUCCCUGACAUGGCUGCUAACGUCAUCCCUGUGCUGAUGGAGUUCCUCAGUGACACUAAUGAAGCAGCUGCUGCUGAUGUGUUGGAGUUUGUGCGUGAGGCGAUACAGAGGUUCGAUUCGCUCAGAGCGCUCAUCAUCGAGAAAAUGCUGGAAGUUUUUCACGCCAUUAAAACUGUCAAAAUUUAUAGAGGAGCGCUGUGGAUUCUGGGAGAGUAUUGCAGUACCAAAGAGGACAUCCAGAGUGUGAUGACUGAAGUGCGUCGGUCGCUCGGAGAGAUCCCCAUAGUGGAGAAUGAGAUAAAGAAGGAGACGGGGGAGCUGAAGAUGGAGGAGGAGGUGAGCGCUGUGCCGGUGCAGAAGCUGGUGACUGAGAUGGGAACCUACGCCACUCAGAGUGCCCUCAGCUCCAACAGACCCUCAAAGAAAGAUGAGGACAGGCCUCCUCUGAGGGGUUUCCUGUUGGACGGGGAUUUCUAUGUCGCUGCAUCUCUUGCCACCACGCUGACUAAAAUCGCGCUGCGCUACAUUGCCAUUGUUAUGGAAAAGAAGAAGCAAAACUCAUUUGUAGCUGAAGCCAUGCUGAUCAUGGCCACCGUGCUGCACCUGGGGAAAUCCUCACUGCCCAAGAAGCCAAUCACUGACGAUGAUGUGGAGCGAAUCUCUCUGUGCCUGAAGGUUCUGGCCGAGUCGUCACCGCUCAUGAGUGACAUCUUCAACAAGGAGUGCCGCAAGUCCCUGUCCCACAUGCUGACUGUCCGGCUGGAGGAGGAGAAACUGUCCCAGAAGAAAGAAUCGGAGAAGCGUAACGUGACUGUGCAGGCAGACGACCCCAUCUCCUUCAUGCAGCUCACCGCCAAGAAUGAGACGAGCUCCAAAGAGGACCAGUUCCAGCUCAGUCUGCUGGCUGCGAUGGGCAACACGCAGAGGAAGGAAGCGUCCGAUCCGCUCUCCUCCAAACUCAAUAAGGUGACGCAGCUGACUGGUUUCUCAGAUCCGGUCUAUGCUGAAGCGUAUGUCCACGUUAACCAGUAUGACAUCGUACUGGAUGUGCUGGUGGUCAAUCAAACCAGUGACACCCUCCAGAACUGCACUUUGGAGCUGGCCACACUGGGUGACCUGAAGCUGGUGGAGAAGCCGUCUCCUCUCACUCUCGCCCCUCAUGACUUUGCCAACAUCAAAGCCAACGUCAAAGUGGCUUCCACAGAAAAUGGCAUCAUUUUUGGGAAUAUCGUAUAUGAUGUGUCCGGAGCAGCCAGUGACAGGAACUGUGUGGUUCUCAGUGACAUCCACAUUGACAUCAUGGACUACAUCCAGCCAGCCUCGUGCACAGAUGCCGAGUUUAGGCAGAUGUGGGCCGAGUUCGAGUGGGAAAACAAGGUUACAGUGAACACCAACAUCACUGAGCUGAACGAGUAUCUUCAGCACAUUCUCAGCUCCACCAACAUGAAGUGUUUAACUCCAGACAAGGCGCUUUCUGGUGUCUGUGGUUUCAUGGCUGCUAACCUGUAUGCACGCUCCAUCUUCGGUGAGGAUGCUCUGGCUAACGUGAGCAUUGAGAAGCCCAUCCAUCUCGGACCUGAGGCUCCGGUCAACGGCCACAUUCGCAUCCGCGCAAAGAGUCAGGGCAUGGCCUUGAGUCUGGGAGAUAAGAUUAAUCUGUCUCAGAAGAAGACCAGCUCAUAAAGCUUCAAGUCCUUCAGUAGGAAGCGCUCAGCUUUCUGUACUUUCUUUACUUUAUAUUUCCUCUAUCACUCCGUUUCUGACUGUCUACACAUCAUCGCUAUGUGAUUCGAAUAAAAUCAGGAAGAGGUGUGUAACGAUAUUUCAUCCAACAAAAUACUUAGUGUUUUCAUUUCUCUGUAACAUGCACCAAUAAAAAUCACCAGACCUUCA